AUGGCAUCUGCUAGCAGCUCCGCACAGGCCGCCUUCGGGCUGGGCCGCAGGAAGAAGGACCCCAGCCUUUUGGAUCAGAUCGGAAAGUUCUUCGGAGGGGAGAAGAAGAGGAAGAGCAAGGGAUCCUUCCGUGGUGCUCUCUCUCCAGGCCCUCAGAAAGCGUCUGCCACCUCCCCUCGUAAGCGCGGAGCAGAAAACGCUGUGGUCACUUUCUUCCGCACGAUUGUGUCCCCUGCCCCUCCUAAGUCCAGGGGCAACCAGAAGUCCCAGUCUAAAGCCAAGAAGGCCAGUGCAGGGGACGGAAAGGGCUCCCUCACUAGGAUCUUCAAUAUGGGAAGCAGGAGCGCAUCUCCAGCCAAACGCUGAGGUCCCUCUCCACUCGACGACCCCCCCCCUUCCAACAGCUCGAGGGCAGACCUUCAAGAACACGGGACUAACGUGGGGGAGAAAAGGAAAAAAGAAAAAAGAGGAAGAAAAGGAGGAAACCUUGUCACCCGCGCUCACACUCGACCUCCCCUCCGCCUCUGAUAACACUUUAAUGUUUCGCUAAAUCCCUCGCCUCUCCUUACCCCCCCC